AGUGAACAACUGACCACUCUGCCAAACAGCGAGGUGGGACAGUCAGAUAAGCCCAAACGACCUUUCACCCAGAAGACGCUGCUCUCCGCUGGUCCCUGCCGCCUGGCUGUACCCGGCGCACGCCCUCCUCAGCGGACACGCCCCUUCCGCCACCUCAUUGGCUUCCUCGAGACACGUGCGAAAGGGUAGUGGCGGGGCGAGGCUGGCCGGCGGUGGCCCGGCCUCCAGAUAGACAAGAGAAGCCAAACGGUUUCAAACUUGUAGCCGCAUGGACAGCCUGGCGCUGGGCCGGUGGCGACGGCGGAAGCCAGAGGAAGUGCUGGUUUCCAGCGAUGCGGUGCUCCGGAAUGGUUUGUACAGAGUGGGUCUCUCUGAAGAAACGGGCAUGCAGGAUAGCAGAAGCCAGUGGACAGGAGAGAGGCAGCCCUCAGGUGAACACCACUGUUCUGGGGUCCUGGGGCACAGAGGACAUGGAGCCUCUGCCAAGAGGUGGCUCUCCUGCAGCGUGGCCACUGGGCAGCCAGGGAAGGCCCAGCUCAGUGAUUCCUCAAAACGGCGGAAGGAGCUCGAUUCAGCCUUGCCCAAGAUGUGUUGCUGGGGAAUCUGGGCAUUUUAACCAUACUGAGAAUCGUUAGAAGAUGGAAAUGUGCAAAGGGAAGAUUCCAGUUGUGAUCAUGACCCCUCAAUGUGACUAUAAAUGUAAAUCCCUUACGGAUGGGUUUGGGCAACCACCUGUUCAGAGGGCAGCACAGUGCCUUCUGCUAGGGAGUCGUCCUGUCACUCUGGGAAUCCCACUGGCCUCCACAGGAGAACCAGGAGAGUCCACAUCACUUCCAAAGAGCCCCCAGGUUAUUACGAUUUGCUACAGCCUCCCUUCAGGUGUGUCUUACCUGAGAGAAAAAUCAACUGCAUUGUUUGAAAGUUUAAAAAAUUCUGCAUCAAACUUCCUACAAGAUUUAGGAACCCUGUGGCUUGUGGAAUCCUGUCCUGAUGUUGCCGUGUUUUUAUACUUUCAUAUUGCUUUAUGGAUGUAUCCUGUACUGCUCAAGUAUUCUUUUUAAUUAAAGACUUAUUUUUAUAUCAUACAA